GCCCUCGCCGGCGUCGCGAGUGCGACCGUCGCGCCUGGCUUUCCCCUCAAGGCCAACACAGACCUCAAUGUCACCUGGGCCGACAACAACGUCAACCCGCCGGGCGAGCUGCUCUCGCUCGCAGACACGGCGCUCGCGCCCUCGCAGAUCUCUGCCCCCGUCUGGACUCCGGGCGGCCACGCCAUCCUCAUGCUCGUCGACCUCGACGUCCCCCGCAACAACACACGCGUGCAGCUCCUCCACUGGCUCACCACCAACGUCACCAUGCCCUCGACCGACACCCAGACCCUCAAGCUCGAAGACGCAAAGAAGGACCUCGCGCCCUACCUCCGCCCGUCCCCGCCGCUCGGCGACAUCCCGCACAAGUACACGCUGCUGCUGUUCGCGCAGCCCGAGAACUUCACCGUGCCUGCAAGGUUCAAGAGCCUGCUGCAGACCCGCGUCGGCUGGGACACGGCGGCGUUUGUGAAUGCGACGGGCUUGGGGGCUGCGCUGGGGGCGGACUGGAUCCGUGUGCAGAACACCGGCAAUGAGACCAUGACCAAUGCCACUGCGAGUGCGACGCCGACAGCGAGCAGCUCGCCGACUUCAACGCCGACGAAUUACGCAGGCAUGGCGGGUGUUGUUGAGCCGCGGGCGUGGGUGGGGGCCGUUGUUGUAGCCGGGCUAAUGGCUGUGUUGUUGUAG